AUGGAGAACGAUACAGUUGAUCUGACUGGGCCGUCGUCUGCUACAACCUCACAUAGUAGCAGGAGGCCCGUGCCACAAACAUUACAGCCGUCACGGUCUCGUCGUAGCGCAUCGCCUGACUUUAAUGACAAUAGAAGCAAGGUUAAACGCCGGAGGUUGAGCAACAGAAACAAUCGGAGCAGUACCCCAACAGCUGGCCCGUCUUCUCAGAGCCACCAAACAGCAGAGACUAUGAUUCCGGGUGAAAUCGAGGCUGUGGAUUUAACUAGUGUCGACGACUCCUCUUCGCUAGCACAAGUUCUUGCCAAACAGCGGGAAGAUGCAAUCAUAGCUCAGAAAAAUGCUACAAAUGACAAGGAAGCAAAGUCUAUACUGAUAGCGUAUAAAUGCCCAGUUUGCAUGGAUGUACCUGAGAAUGCUACAAGCACUAUUUGUGGUAUGUAUUGUGCUGUUAUUCCACAUAAUGAUACAUUACUGAACAUAUUCCUUUCACCGUAG